CAGAGCUAAAGCAAUAUUUACAGACAUUACAGAAUGUCUUAAAAAUCUUGCAAUACGAAGUACAUAUAAAUAUUUUGAUAAAUAAACGUCGUUUUUAUAUUUUCGCAGGAUAUAAAACUAGAUUCUGCCUUAGCCUUGAAUAAAUGCAAUUUUAUAAUUUUCAUAUCGUACAUUAAUCGAAUUCAAAGAAGUUGAAAAGUGUAUAAUUUUGGAAGUGAUUUUUUGUCCAGGUCCUCAAAUAAUAUUUGAUGAUCAGCACAGAAGAUGAGUAGCCAGCACCAGUAUAUGAGUGUGAACAAUACGCCAAGUUCACGCGUCGGAGAUAUCGAACAUAUUAAUCACUUGUCAGAAAACAUAGGGUCCCUUUGCCUUUCAUCCGAGUAUUCGGAUGUGACCCUUAUAGUAGAGGGGCAAAGGAUCCCCGCCCAUAAGGUGAUCCUGGCCGCCAGCAGCGACUACUUCAGAGCCUUGCUCUAUGGUGGGAUGAGGGAGGCUAAUCAGGCCGAAGUGGAGCUCCAGGCACCAUUGCAAGCCUUCAAGGCUCUCCUUCGUUAUGUCUAUUCCGGUCACAUGGGUUUGUCCCUGCUGCGCGAGGACACAGUGCUGGACAUGCUCGGGCUGGCGCACCAGUUCAACUUCCAGGAGCUGGAGGCGGCCAUAUCGGACUACCUGCGGCAGGUGCUCGCGCUCAGGAACGUGUGCGCGGUCCUCGACGCUGCCAGAUUGUACGGUCUGGAGGCGUUGAUGGAUUAUUGCUACAAUUUCUUGGACAGGAACGCGACAGAAGUACUGCAGCAUGAGACAUUCCUGCAACUCUCAGUCGAAGCUCUGCAAGGUCUCCUGGAACGCGACUCGUUCUUCGCCCCCGAGGUCGACAUCUUCAAGGCGGUGUGCGAGUGGUUCUCAGCAAAUCAGACCUGGGUGAAGUCAGAGGGUGGACAGUCGCAAGUGGAGAAGAUCUUGAAGUGUGUCCGGCUGACGCUGAUGAGUCUGGAGGAGCUGCUGACGGUGGUGCGGCCGUUCUCGCUGGUGACGCCCGACAUGCUGCUCGACGCGAUACAGGAGAAGACGCAGACCAAAAGCACUGAUCUGCCGCACCGCGGGCUGCUGCUGCCCGAGGAGAACGUGGCGACGGUGGCGCGGGGCGCGCGCGUGAUCGCCGGCGACAUGCGGUCGGCGCUGCUGGACGGCGACACCGACAACUACGACAUGGAGCGCGGCUACACGCGCCACACCAUCAGCGACGCGCCCGACAACCCCGGCAUCCUCGUGCGCCUCGCCACCUGCACCAUCCUCAACCACCUGCGCCUGCUGCUCUGGGACCGCGACAAUAGGUCGUACGCGUACUAUAUCGAGGUGUCGGUGGACCAGAAGGACUGGGUGCGCGUGAUCGACCACAGCAACUACUUCUGCCGCUCCUGGCAGAACCUGUACUUCGAGCCGCGUGUCGUCCAGUACAUCAAGAUCGUCGGCACCAGCAACACUGUCAACAAGGUGUUCCACGCGGUGUCGCUGGAGGCGAUGCAGACGGCUCGCGUGCCGCCGCUGCGCGCGGGGCUGGUGCGGCCCGUGCACAACGUCGCCACCGUCGAGCGCUCCGCCGUCGUCAUCGAGGGCAUCAGCCGUACCCGCAACGUGCUACUGAACGGCGACACGGAGCACUACGACUGGGAGCAGGGCUACACGUGCCACCAGCUGGGCUCGGGCGCCAUCGUGGUGCAGCUGGCGCAGCCCUACCUGCUGUCGUCCAUGCGCAUGCUGCUCUGGGAUUGCGACUACCGCCACUACUCGUACUAUGUUGAGACCUCGCUCAACUAUUGGGACUGGGAGGUGGUCUGCGACCGCACCAGGGACGCCUGCAGAUCGUGGCAAGUGAUAUAUUUCUCGCCGCGGCCCGUGUCCAUUAUACGCAUCGUAGGCACCAACAAUUCUGUCAAUGAGGUGUUCCACCUGGUGCACCUGGAGUGCCCGGCGCAGGUGGAGGAGGCUCGCGACGACCCCGCCGUCAAGAAGCUGCGCCCCGCCGACAACAAGCUCAACCCGCCGCCCGCCGCUGGCACCGCGGCCGCCGCUGCCGCCUCCGCUGCCGGCUGUACGACAUCAUCUCAACAAACGACUGCGAACAACGAGAGUCGAUCAGUGUCGCCGCCUAGCUCCGAAGCGAGUGCUGCAACCACCGGUGGUGGCUCUGGUAACGCGGCUAGCGGUGGCGGCGGCGAGCCGUCGACGUCCCGCAGCCGCUCGCUGCCGCCCGCCGAGACGGCCACGGAGGCCGACGAGCGGCUCGAGGAAUGAUGCACGCACGCGCGGCCUCACACACGCGGCCUGUGUCCCCCCCACAUGCAUGUCUCUAAUGUGAACGCGCCGAAGGGGAAGGUAACCAAGUAUGUUAUCACAUACGCCUCGCGUCGAAGUAAUUGUGACUAAUAAUAGAAUUGCACAUCGCCGUGACCCCUAAUGACUUCAGACUGACUGAUUACAUCCUGAUGAUGCAAAUGUGUCAUCAGAAAUUACCAGAGAAAUAUAAAAUAGCGGUAAGUCGUGUAAAAUCUCUUGAAAUUGUCAUUAAUAUUUCUCAUUCAUUGUGUACACUACAGUGGAGCGUUUGUUCGUUUUUCUAAGUUCUUUAUGUAUUAAAAAUUUAUUAAUGUUUCAGUGUUAUGACGAUUAUUGUAAUGGAUAGGAGAUUUAAUAUAAAAUAUUAGUAAACAAACAUUAUGCUGCUAAAAGUUAAAAGCAGCUGUUUAAUAUACAACUUGUAUGAAGUGUAACAUUUUUUUUUUAUACAACUUAGAAUGGCAAACAAGCUGACGGCCCACCUGUUGGAAAGUGGUAACCGUCGCCUAUAGACAUGAGCAGUACCAUGGACAUAACAGAGUAUACUGUUACGCCCAUGAUACCCCCAUGCGUUGCCAUUCCUGUGGACUCAGUUGUUAUUCCUCUGUACCCUGUAAAUUCACGCCAUAUCCCAUCCUUCAAACCGAAACACAGCCAUGCAAACACAGCUGCUUCAAGGUUGAAACACGAAUGGGACAGAGGUACCCAAGCAAACGACUUUUGUACAAAGUCUAAUGUCAAAUUAUGAUAUGAUAUUUUAUAUAUAGAUUAGUACCCGUAUAUGAAAUUUUACUCAAAUCUUUCAGACGUUGCAGCGUGAUUGAGUAACAAGUAUUUCUAAUAAGUGUUUACGAUAUUUCGCUUUUAUGACAUUGGUAGAUUUAAAGAUAAAACCCUGAUUAUUUCUCUAGCGAUUGGUGUAUUCGGCGUUAGUUGGCGAGUAAAGUUUUAAUACAAAAUGUUAUAAAGUUCAGCUCUUUCGGCGCGAAAAAUACUCGUCGGUUGAUGUACUUACAUGAUAAGGCAGCAGAUAGUUUUAAAGCCUUCAACACGACUUUGAGACAAGUUCAUUGUCGAAACUUCGAUCAAAAUAUCUUGAAACGAAAUACAGCAUCCCUUGUGAUCCAAUAUGGUUCACUCUUGAUGUCACUUGCAGUGCCUGUUAAUAUUCGACUACAGAAAGUAACAAUAAUUAUAUUAUUGUUUUUUUUUUUAUUAUUUUUAUUAAACAUUGUUUAUUUCCUAUUACUUUAUAAUCAUACUCAAAGUUGGUAAUGUGAAUUCGCAGUUUUAUUGGUGAGGUGUACACUGCUUUAAACAUAUAAAAAUGUAAUGUAAGGACAUUAUUAAUAUUGUGUUAUAUAAAAGAAUAAAAAUUUGGGAAUAUAUUUGCAAAAAAAAAAAAAAACUUAAAAUUAAGUAACUUUUUGAAUGUUCUCUUUUUUUUUUUUUAAAAAAAAAACAUGUUAUUCUUCAUAUUUUCUGUAUUAUUUAAUUUUGUUUGAGGACAUAAAACAUAAUCUAGUAGAUAUACAAUUGUUGUGAAAAUGAAAAAAAAAAAAAAAUAAGAGAAGGUUUGCUGGAAGAAAUCUCUUAUUAGAGAUAAGCUCAUCUCUGUACAUUACAUUUAAAACUAAUUGUUUUUAACAUUAUGUUUGUGUACAAUAAAAACUAAGUAUGUAUUGUAAAUUUUAUCAGUUGACACGGGGGUGACUUCUUUAAGUUCUAAAUCAGACAAGUUGUCUUAUUUUAAAGUUAUUUAGUCUGUAAGCAAAUUAUUUUCUAGUCUGUACAUUGUUCUGUUUAAUGUUUUUCAGGGGCAGAAGUUUAAUUAGACAUUGAUAUAGAGAAAUGUACCAAGAUGCACAAUCGGAGAUUAAAAAGUAGCACCGAUAAUGACCAUUUUUUACCCCAAGCACUUUUUUGUAACAAGCCAAUGAUGUUUGAAGUAACACGCUAAAAUUUGUACAUUAUAAAAUUUUGUUAACAUUUUUAAAUUAUUUGUAAUAUUCGAUAAUUUAUAUGUAUAGGAAAGUAGUUUCACGUUUGUGAUAAUUAUUUGAUUUCAUUGACGUUUUAUCAUACAAUAACUAUUAAUUUGAGACAGUAUGAAGCUGAGCUUGUAUAUAAUUGUGAAUCUUGGUUUUUUUUUGUAUAUCAAUGAUGUACGUCGUUGUUUUAUCUUAGGAAUUAAUGAAGUAUAUUUCUGUUAUUAAAUAUUUAGUGUAAAGCACACUGAGUAUCUAAAAUAUGGUGUAAAUAUCAUAAGCAGCCAUGACUCUCUUUUAUUUAUUUAGGGGAUAUUUCUCUAUAUCUUCUAAAAGAUUUAUAAAUUUACAGAACAAACUGGCACUUUUUUAUAGAUUUUCUCCAGUGUUACUUUAUGAAUGAAAACAGUGCCAUAAUGAUUGCCUGAACAUUCUGCCUUCAAUAUACAGUAAUUAUUUAUUUAUGUAUCGUCUUGUUCCUUAAAAUAUUCUCAGGUUAUUUCAUCGUAAAAUCUAUUACUUAUGUUGUAGUUUAAGAUUUAUUAUCGCAUGUAAUAUUGUCAUAAAAAACUAUGUUGUCAUAAGCAAAGCUUAUCGUUUUCACAAAAAAAUGGUUGUGUGAUAAUAAAAUUAUUGUAAUGUAAGAAAUAAAUUUCUAUAGGGCCCUUGAAGUAAGAUAUUCUUGAAAUUAUUUACUCUUUUGUCACCGCGUAAAAGUAAAUGUUAAUAACAGGGCUGAGUAGUGUAUGUAUUCUGUAUUUUAUAAAAAAAAAAGCUCUUUUAUUUAAAGACAUUGAAUUCAUCUUAUUGACAUUGAAAUAAGAAUCAAUUUCAAAUGUCAACAAAAUUUGUUUUGUGAAUAUUUGGAACAAUGUUAGGGUCGAUUCUGAGGUACCAUUCCAUUCAAUUCAUAAGGUCCUACAUCCAUUAUUAAAAUAUUUUUUAUAGUUUAGCAAAACUAUUGUAUAUGGUAUAAGACCAUCAAAAUUGACCUACUAAAAAAAAGUUAUCAUAGAAGUAUUGAUUUGCUGUAAAAUCAAUUUAAAAUUAUAUGAUUUUUAGAGAUCGAGAAUGGUGCUUCAGAAUCAACUCUGAUGUUUUUACUCAUUGAUCAUAUAAAUGCCUACUCAUCAGGACAAUAUCACAAAAUAUGGACUGAAAAUUUCAUAUGCGAGAUGCAAGAAUUAUUUUUAAUGAUAAUUUUAUAAUCUUUGUAUUUUAACGAAAUCUCAAAUAUUAUUUUAUUAAUUAGCACUAAGAUUCUACAAUCAUACAAGUUUGAAUGGUUGAGCUACUGUGAUAAUGGUUUGAAAUUAAUUGAUUUGCAAAUGUUUAGAUGUUUAGGAUAUAGAGGACAUGAGGAGGAUACAUUGAAACUGUCAAUCAUUUGUAACAUUUCAUAAUAUUAAAGCUUUUAAUAAAUAGUAUUAAUCUGG